AUGUCCAGUCACAGACUGAAUCUGCACCGUUUAAUUUGGGGGAGUCUCAUUCUUCAGCUGCUGGUUGUUUAUGAGCAUGCCCUUCCUGCCUCCAACAUCAGCUUGCAGACAUUCAUUGGCUGUGCUGUGCGAGAGUUUAGAUUCAUGGCCAGGAAACCUGGAUGUAAAAAAUUGCGAAUAACCGCGGAUGCAUGCUGGGGACGUUGUGAAACCUGGGAGAGACCGAUUCUCGAACCUCCUUACAUUGAAGCAUACCACCGGGUCUGUACCUACAAUGAAAGCAAGAGUAUGACUGUGAAAAUGCCCGACUGCCUCCCUGACGUAGACCCGUACUAUACCUACCCCGUGGCAUUGCGAUGUGACUGUGACCUCUGUUCAACCACAACCACCGAGUGUGUAACCUUGUAACAUUUCGCAACUUUGCCCAAGAACUAAAAAAUGAUGCCUCCACCGAAAAUUACUAAUGUUUGGAGAGCAUUGAUUCAUUGAUUGAAAAUGAUAUAGAAAAAAACCAGUACAUGUUGCAUAAUAAAGCUUCUUUGCUGAUAAUUUAAUUUUCCUGGAUAAGAAGUAACAUUGUUCUUAAUAAAAAUGAAAUAAUAAUAUUUGAAAGUGAUACGAUCGCCUGCAUAUAAAAUACUGAGUUGCAAAAAUACGUUUCACAAUUAUUUUUUAGGCAUGCUUUCUCAGCUGAGAAAAAUCAAAUCCUUGAAAACUAAUUCAACCCUUUUCUUCAUGAGCCAUAGAAUCAUAGAGUGGUACAGCGCAGAAACAUGUGCUUUGUCUCAGGUGUCUGUCGACCAAAAGGUAUCAAAGGUAUUUUAUUGGUCACAUUCACAUACACCUGGUGUAGUGAAGUGAAAUGCUUCUUGCCAUGCAGCACAUAAAGAGGGAAUACAGACAUAACAUUAAUAAGAGUUUUAAACAUAAAGAACAUCCCCCCCACAAUGGUUCCCAUUAUGAGGGAAGGCACAAAGUCCAGUCCCCAAUCCCAGUUCACCCAUAGUCGGGCCUAUUGAGGCCUCCACAGUUGCCUCUACGGAGGCCCGAUGUUCCUGGCCGUUCUCGCCGGGUGAUGGUGCUCCGGCGUCGGGAGAAUCCUCUUGGCGGCUUGGGAACCCUGGAACGGCCGCUUCCAUACUGGAGGCCGCGGCUUCCGAAGCCAACAAGGCCACGCCGGAUGGAGCUCCACAACUGGCGAUAUCUCAUCUAGAGAUCCCAGGCUCCCGGUGUAAAGUUCAGCGCCGCCGCCCGCAGCUGGUCGCUCCACAGUCCCGCAGCUCCGCGAUGUUUUCCUCAGCGAUCUUCAGCUCACCGGAGCUCCAGCGCGGCGACCCAGGCAAGGCAUCGCCCGCUCCGCGAUAGCGCUCCAGCGCUGUGCCGCCGCCGAAGCCGAGGUUCUGGGCGGUCCCCGACAGGAAACGCCGCUCCAGGCCCGCUGGUAGGCCGCGAGGACGGGUCGAAGCUGCAGCCUGGAGAAAAGCU